AAACCAUACGCAUGUUCCUAUUGCUCUCGCUCCUUUACUCGUAGACAUGAUUUACAGCGACAUACACGUAUCCAUACAGGUGUUAAACCAUACAGUUGCCCUUGCUGUCAAAAGUCCUUCUCAAGGUCCGACGCUAGAAGACGCCAUUUU